UAUUUCUGUUGACGUAGCAAAUCUGAUUUCCCUAUCUUCCUAAUAUAAACAAUCUGGGUAUUGUUCCAUUCUUUUAAUUCUAUGGCAGAUGGGACCUGGACGAACAGUCCGGCCACCAAGAAAUGCCCCGCAAUCUCAAGGUCAACAUUCUGGGAGUACCUCAGCAUCAAAAUCUAGGAAGGUACGUGGGAUAAAUAAGGGAAAGGGCUUGGAGCGUUUGAUCAAAAGGGCAGGUCAUCCACUAAACUUGACCAUCUCCGAAGAGAGAAGACCUAUUGGAGAAAAUAAUGAAUUACUUUCCAGAGAGAUUGGACUUCUUACACGGUACCAUGCACCUAUCCAACGUGCCGGGUGGCAUAGUCUGACUGAGGAUGAUAAGGAGCCGUUGUAUGAACUUCUAAAGCUUAAGUUCAAUCUUGAUUUCACCCAAGAUCAUAUCAAAGGCUGUGUGGAUCUGCUAUUCUCUUCAAGCUACAAAAGUUUCCGUCACAAGUGUUAUGAACAUUAUGUAAAAUCUGGUGAUGAUGCUAGAAGCAAUCCAUAUCCUCCCCUUAUUGAUAAUAGAGUUGGAGACUGGAUUUGGCUCUGUGAUCAUUUUGAAACAGAAGAAUUUAAGAAACGGUCCACAAUUGGGAAGGCUAACCGCUCAAACCUACCUUAUGUUCACAAGAAGGGAACAAAGUCAUUUGUAGCGGUUCAACAUGAAUUAGAGAUGACCUUGGAGGAGCAGCGGAAAGCAAUACUCGCGCUAAAGACUGAGAAGAGAAAACUAGUUGGAUCUAAAGAAAAUUCAGUGUACAAAUGCUAAAUGUAAUGUUUGGAUCAUAUUGGGGUUUACUGAUUGGAUCAUAUGUUCAGAUCAGUACUAAACGUGGUACUGUACUUUGCAAAUGCUAGAGUGGUAUUUCCUACUUGCAAAACAAAAUUCAGU